CUCUCCUCUCUCUCUCUACCUCUUCCGUUCCACCCCCUUCUCUCUCUCUCUUUCUCUCUCUAGCCAUCGGCUGCCGCUCUCUCUCUCUCUCUCGUCCCUUGCCUUAUAGGUGGACGCGGGUCAACGGGCCGGUCGCCGCCGGCGGCGGCUGCGGCUGCGGCGGCGGGAGGUAGCAGCACCGGCGAUCGCGAGGGGAGGCGGCGGGUGCCCUCGGCGACGGUGAGCAUGGGGAGGAACGGGAGUGUGAAGCGUACGUCGUCGUCGUCGGCCUCGGCGGCGGCGGUCCCGUCGUUCACGGCGAAUCCGCGCGACUACCAGCUCAGGGAGGAGGUCGGGUACGGGGCGCACGCCGUCGUGUACCGCGCGGUGUUCGUGCCGAGGAACGAGGUCGUGGCCGUCAAGUGCCUGGAUCUCGAUCAGCUCAACAACAACAUCGAUGAAAUCCAACGCGAGGCUCAAAUCAUGAGCUUGAUAGAGCACCCUAAUGUCAUCAGGGCUUACUGCUCAUUUGUUGUCGAGCACAGCCUUUGGGUAGUAAUGCCAUUCAUGACUGAGGGUUCUUGUUUGCACCUAAUGAAAAUUGCAUAUCCUGAUGGUUUUGAAGAACCUGUUAUUGGCUCUAUUCUAAAGGAAACACUUAAGGCUUUAGAUUACCUUCACAGGCAAGGACAAAUCCACCGUGAUGUCAAGGCUGGCAAUAUCCUUAUUGAUAAUGCUGGCAUAGUGAAGCUUGGGGACUUCGGUGUAUCUGCUUGCAUGUUCGAUAGAGGUGAUCGACAAAGAUCUAGGAACACAUUUGUUGGAACACCAUGCUGGAUGGCUCCAGAAGUACUCCAGCCAGGCACUGGAUAUAACUUCAAAGCUGACAUAUGGUCAUUUGGUAUCACUGCACUUGAACUAGCCCAUGGUCAUGCACCAUUUUCAAAGUACCCCCCUAUGAAGGUUCUUCUCAUGACUCUCCAGAAUGCUCCACCUGGUCUUGACUAUGACCGUGACAAAAGAUUCUCAAAGUCAUUUAAGGAGAUGGUUGCAAUGUGCUUGGUAAAAGAUCAAACAAAGAGACCAACAGCUGAAAAGUUGCUAAAGCAUUCAUUUUUCAAAAACGCAAAACCUCCAGAAUUGACAAUGAAGGGUAUCUUAACUGAUUUACCUCCUCUAUGGGACCGUGUAAAGGCUCUGCAGCUUAAAGAUGCAGCACAGUUGGCCUUGAAGAAAAUGCCUUCUUCUGAGCAGGAGGCACUCUCCCUGAGUGAAUACCAACGAGGUGUUAGUGCAUGGAACUUUGAUGUUGAAGACCUCAAAGCCCAAGCAUCACUUAUUCGUGAUGAUGAACCCCCUGAAAUAAAAGAAGAUGAUGAUACAGCAGCAAGAACUAUUGAAGUUGAAAAGGAUUUACUUUCUAGGAAUCAUUUGGGAAAAUCGUCGAGUGCAAAUGAAAGUGUGUUCAGUGGACGGACCCCUACCAACUUAGCAAAUUCAGAUGGAAAAGGCGAUUUUGCAUUUGAAGCUUUCGAUUUUGAUGACAACAAUGUUGAUACUAAAAUUAUGCCCAAUGGGUAUGAAAACUCUAGAUCAGAGAAUAACUCAUCACCCUCGACAUCAAAGCAAGAUCCUGAGUCAAAAUAUUGGAGAAGUACUUCUGGACAGAAACAACAGAUUUCCAGCUCCGCAGCUAUCCUUUCUGGUGGGGCUAAUAGCUCAACAGUUGAAAAGGGCCAUGGUGUUGAAAGGGAUGCAACUACUCAAUUGGCAUCUGAAAAACAUAGAACUGAAACAAGACGAGCCUCCAAUCUUAGUGGUCCAUUGUCACUGCCAACUCGUGCUUCUGCAAACAGUCUGUCAGCUCCUAUUCGAUCUUCAGGAGGAUAUGUAGAUUCUUUGGGUGAUAAGUCUAAACGUAAUGUGGUGGAGAUUAAAGGCCGUUUUUCCGUGACAUCUGAGAAUGUUGAUCUUGCAAAGGUUCAGGAAGUUCCAUUGAGUAGCCUUUCACGCAAAUCACCACAGGUGAUAUUCGUAUUUACUAAUGGUUCACCGCUAAGAAAAUCUGCUAGCGUUGGUGAUUGGUUGGUGAACACUAAGCCAGUGUCUAACAGUCAUCAUGUGAAGGAACUCUGCAAUAGCUCAGUAUCAUCAUCAAUUCUAAUUCCCCACCUUGAGAACCUUGUGAAACAGACGAUGUUUCAGCAGGAUCUGAUCAUGAACGUGUUAAGUAGCUUGCAACAGAACGAGAAAGUUGAUGGAGUAUUGCCUGGAGUAUCCCCACAACACCGAAAUAUGGAUAGCGAGACAAUGGUUGGGUCAGUUAAUUCUGAGAAAGAACGGUCGUUACUUGUUAAAAUUUCAGAAUUACAAUCUAGGAUGAUUACUUUGACUGACGAACUAAUUGCCGCUAAGCUAAAGCAUGUUCAGUUGCAGCAAGAGCUAAAUGCAUUGUACUGCCGAGAAGAAAUAGAAGACAUCAGGGAUGAUAACAACGAAGAAACAUAAACCAGAACAUGCGCCUGAUAUGAGUUGCCUGCUCUGGCUUGCAUCGAUUGCUUGGCAAACAGCCUUGACAAUGAGUUUUAACAAGAGAACCUGCACUUCCUUGAUCAUAAAAUUGGUUUAUUUAUAGAAGCUAGCUCUUGCAGGUGCUCUUAAGAAAAUAUGGUCUCGGAAAGUUGGCAUGCCAUGGCCUAGUGCCAUCAGUGUGUAUAUUAGUUUUGUUUAUUUUUUCUUUUUGGUUUAUUUUUUCAAUGGUGUUUUGGUGGUCAUGAAAUUAUGGUGCCGUGUAUUUUACUGCUUCGGCCACAACUAUCAUUGAAAUAGCUGUGAUUAUGUAGAUCGUAGGGCAACCGUUGGUUCUCAAUGCAGAUAAGACUGCAGAAUAAAAUGUAUUUUUUUACU